AUGUCCAGUGGAAGAUCUUCCAACUCACCCCGACUGCUGCUGGACAUUAGUGGCAACGGUGCCCUUGUGACGGCCACCUCUCUCGACCAGCGGUCACCCAGAAAGAUGAUCAAAGUGGAACAGUUCGAUGGUUGUGUAAUGAACAAUAACAACAACAACAUCAACGGCCACCACCAGAGCUACGAGCAGCACCAGCAAGUGCCACGUACCAUUCCGGAUCUGCAUCCCAUUCAUCAUCAUUCGCAGCACCACCAACAUCCCAACCACCAUCAUUUGGGGCAACCGCUCCAGGAGCACCACGGAGCUCACCUUCAGCACCAGAGCCCGGACUUUAACGUGCUGCUGCAUCACUCGCGCACAGUCCCGGCCACGCCGGAAGUGGUCGAACAGCCCCCGGGAACGAUCUACCUCUACCAGGGCCACCCGGUCAUGUCGGAGGCUCAGUCGCGGCCAAUUACUUUGCCAUCGCUUCACCGUUGCUACGAUCAGCACGAUCACCAGUCACAGCUGGCGCAACUGGAUGCCAAUCUGCCGGCGCUGGUGUCCUCGUACGUCUGUGACGAAUCUUCCGCCAAGAAGCGCCGGAUCGUGGACGCGGACUACGACUACGAGUUCGAUCAGCCCUCGCUGAGCCCCGACGAGUCGCAGGGCUAUCAGCAGCAACCAGAGAAACGAGCCCGCUACGGCGAUGGCUACGGGACGGUCUGGAGCUUCUCGAAUGGAGCGCCCGGCACGCUGGAUUACGGUGGCCCGGUUAGCGGAUCGUACGGAGCCACCGAGAUGCUCCCGGUCUCCGGGGGCGCGGCGUUUGAGGAUGACUCUUCGAAUGGAUCGCACGGCGUCAAGGACGCCGCGUGUCAUCAGUACGGAACCGAGGGUCCGGCCCUUUACUACCACCAGCACCCGUCGCUGGCCACGGCGCACGGCCAUACAUCCUCGCCCAACAGUCCUGCGAUUGGUGGGGGAGAUGCAGAAAGUUGCUCCCUAUCCGUUACAUCCGUUGGAUCGGGUUCCCCGGUCAAACUGGACGAUUCGUUGGGCUCGUGCGGAAAAUACUCGGCACAGCAACCACAACCACCGGCCACCGUAGUUCAGCUGGGCGCCGAUCAGAAGGCCGCAGGACCGGUGGCCGAUCCGGAAGAACCGAGCCGAGUGAAGGGCACCGGGCGUCGUGUGCGGCCACCGCGGAUUCGGAAGCGCCAGUCGAAGGAGUCGAUCCGAUACGAAGACCUCCAGAGCCAGCGCGUGAUGGCGAACGUACGCGAGCGCCAGCGGACCCAGAGCCUGAACGAGGCGUUCGCUUCGCUGCGCAAAAUCAUUCCGACCCUACCGAGUGACAAGCUGAGCAAGAUCCAGACCCUGAAGCUGGCCUCGCGAUACAUCGACUUCCUGUACCGGGUGCUGUCGAACAACGAGCUACCGACGAUGCUGGAGGAGCACAAGGCGAUGGCGACGGCCGGCGGGGCGCUGCAGUUUUCCGGCAGCGGCAUCCUGGCGCACGAGAAGCUCAGCUAUCUGUUCAGCGUGUGGCGCAUGGAGGGCGACUGGAGCAACGGGUCCGCGGCGUCGGGCUCGGUCAGUGGUGGCGAGAUGGGCGACGGCGGCGGUGGCAGCGGGAAGGACUGA